UGAUGACCUCGAUAAAUUGUUUGUUGCCAAAACCCCAAAACCUUAAACCUUGCUUGUCCAAUGUCCACCUGCAUCCGCAUCUUGCUAUGGGCAAUAUAUGUUAAAACAUGAAGUAGAUGCAACUCCUGUACAUGUUUCGAUAUCUGCAAUGCUGCUGAGUUUCCUAUUCUGUUUUCCUAGUGUUUCCUCGCACCUUUCUUGAUGCCGAUCGUUAAAGGUUUCCGACGAUUUCAGUCAAAUAUUGUUUGUUUCAGACAAGUUGUGAGUGAGAUAUCCAGUGUGAGUGUGGUGGUGCCUGGUUCAAACGGUCAACAGUCUGGAUGUGGUGCUGCUUCUUUUACUUCUAAGAGUAAAAGUAAAAGGAUAAGUAUUGCUGAUCGGAGGGAGCUGCUGGAAUCCUUUGUCAACAAGUAUAGAGGUAUGAAUUCAGGAAAAUUCCCGAGCCCAACAAGUGCACAGAAAGAAGUAGGUGGUGGUUACUAUUCAAUUAGAAAGAUGCUUCAGGAAAUGGAAUACAAUUUUAAAUUAUCUUCUUUGGAGAAACUGCCUGUUACAAAGGAGAACAAAAAGCAGAAUAAAAGUGAAGAUACUGUAAUAGCAUCUCCAAGUCAACAGGUCUCAAACAGUCAAAUAACCAUGGACCACAAUCUUUAUGAAGACGCCUGGCUAGAAUCUGUUGGUAAUUUAGACAAGAACUCUAAAGGGCUUCAACCAUCAACGAGCAAGAAUAUUACAAGAGAUGAUGCUACACAAAGUCAGGAGAGGAGGAGAGCUGAAUGUCAUGAGCAAUUAGAGAAUGAUGGAAAAGAUGAAUCUCCUUUGGAAAAUGAUAAAUUUGGAUUCGAGGGUAUAGACUCAAAAGUUGAACAACAACAUGAACAUGAUGGGAAUGUGAUAAGAAACAUCACCAGGGAGACGUCUGAGACUCAAAAAGAUGAGGAGUUGAGAGAGAAGGCAUCAUCAUCAUCUAUAUGGGGAAAUUUGAAGUCGCUGGCAUCUGGCUUUAUUAACAUCUGGAAGAAACAAUAAUUGUAGUUGUCUGUCUCUAGUUGAAGAUAUAAGUUACAAGCUAUGAAUAUGAAAAUAGUAGGCUUCAUUCUGAUGUUGGAUCAAUUAGAUUUGUACAUUUCAUUGAUGAAAUCUUUGCGAGGAUAUGGAAUUUUGAGAGGAGCUUUUUAAAUCAACGUAAGCUACUAAUUUUAGUAUACGAUUUGUAAAACUUGAAUGUCAUGUGCUAUUUAAUACUGUA